CUACACCAACGGAGCCGGAGCGACCCAUCGGAAGGAAUCGUGCCCGAAAAAGAGAAGGGUCCUAGCGCAUGGCGCCCGAACACGAACCCUUACUUCAAGGGUUUGAGCAUCUCCCCACUUUGUUGUCUGCCUUUGCGGAGAUGCAAGCGGAGAGGCUUCGGGUUAAAGAAAAAACCAUAGCGGUCAAGUUGGGUUUGGUUAGGGUAAUUGGGUUUCAAUUGGGGCUGUUGUGGGCCGACCGGUGGGGCUGUCGGGCCAGCCAUCUCGGGCCGGACGGUGGGGCUGCUGGGCAGCAGUUCGGGCCGGUUGGCGGGGCUGCCCGGGCCGGCUAUUUGGGCUUUAGGGGUCGGUGGUUUGGGCCGACAAUAUGGGGCUGCCCAAAUGGGCAAUGGGUUUGGCUGCCAGGUCGGUUUGGCGGGUUGUUGGGCUGAUCCGGUGGUAAUUGAUACUGUUCCGGCGGGUGCAGCAUGCCUGAGGAUAAGUCCUUAGUCCCGACUCCCGAGUUCGUGACACAGGUAGGGAUUUGAAUCGUGAGGGCCAGCCUGGAGUACGUUGACGCGUGACAACGUGGAUGAUGUCACCAUUUUUAUUAUGGACAUCUAAUUGUUGCAUUAAUUAAUUAUUUGGGUUAAACAUCUAUUUUAAAAUGUUAUUUUGAGACUACCACACCUGAUGGACUUUACUCUGAACUUUUCGUAAUUAACUAGUCACCAAUUCUUCAUCUCCUUCUGAUGCGAGAACCGGGAGGGAGACGAUGCAGGGGAUGGCCGGGGUUUUUAACCCUAGGUCUGGACCUUGGAUCUCCGAUCGUGAUGGAAAUUAGCGAGUAGAUGUGAGAAUCCGACGACGGUGAGCGACAAAAACGAAGUCAAAUCCGGCCACCUUACAAGAGUUUUUCAAGGGUCCACCAACAAAAUCGGGUGAUGAAAUACCCAGUAUUCAGCAUGCUCUAAGAGGCAUUAGGUCUUUCCUACAAGCAUAUGGGUAGAUGCUAUGGAGACUCUAGGUUGGAACAUUAUAGACAGAGACUUUCUAAUUGGAUCAAAUUAAUAUAAACUAGCUUUACCAAGGCGACAAGGCAAAGCAGAUGGUUAUAAUCCUGGGAUCUAGUCGGUGCAUCUGUAACAUCCAGUUUUAAAACCCAUUCAUCUAUAGUAAAUUUUUCUAUGAAGUAUCUGAACAUGUCUCACUAUAUCAGUCCAUGAGAUUACUAUACUU